UGCUCCCUCUGGGGCGCUGGUUGAGUGAGCCUCGCCCCUUCACUGCUCUCCUGGUUCCUGAACCUUGGCUGCCUGGAAGCGGGGACCGCCCUGUGAAGGUGUUCCCUCCAUACUGGACCCCUACAGGGAGCCACGUGUGCCCAGCCGGGGCACUGCCCCAGCUGAUGCCCCAGAGGUGCCACAUAUCUCAAGAGGGGCUCUGUGCCCUGCCCUGCCUCCUCAUGGCACAUGAGUCAGAGCCUGAGGCCGAUGGGCUGUUGGACCUCAGCUUCCUGACAGAGGAGGAGCAGGAGGCCAUUGCUGAAGUCUUGAUGCGAGAUGCCCACCUGCGCCAGCUGGAGGAGGGGCGGGUCAGCAAGCUCCGGGCCUCGCUGGCAGACCCUGGACAGCUGAAGAUCCUGACGGGGGACUGGUUCCAGGAAGCCCGCUCCCAGAGGCACCACCCUGCCCACCUUGGCUCUGACCUUGUCCGAGCCUCCAUCCGCAGGAAGAAGACUUUCCGGGGUCAGGUUCUGGGCGGUGACAGGAAAGCUGAGGCUCCAGGGAAGAGGGAUGAAGAGGAGGAGCUGGGGCCCAGACUCCGCAUCAACCAGGCACCCCAAGAGAGGCUCCGCAAGGCUGAGGGACUGGAUUCCCCUUCACCCUAUGUCCCGCCAAAGGCUUCAGGUCAUGAGGAGGAAUCCCAGGCCUGGGAAGCCCCCAGCCCUGGGCGCGCGCCGGUCAGUGCGGCCGCCGCGGAGGAGGCGGACCCGGAGCCGGAGCCGCCGUCCCGGGGACUGAAGGAACCGCGGCCCGCGCCGGCCCAGACCCAGACGGAGCCCAAGAUGCUGGAGAACGGGGAGCAGGCCCCGGAGCCCAGCCCCUCGCUCGACCGCAUGCUCAGCAGCAGCUCCUCGCUGUCCAGCCUCAACUCCUCCACGCUGAGCGGCAGCCAGACGAGCCUGGCGGAGGCGGGCGCCCUGCAGGUGCGCGGCUCGGUGCUGUUCGCGCUGCACUACGAGGCGCGCACCACGGAGCUGCGCGUGCACGUGAUCCAGUGCUGGGGCCUGGCGGCCGCGCGGCGCCACCGCUCCAACCCAUACGUCAAGAUCUACCUCCUCCCGGACAAGCUGAGCAAGCGCAAGACGGCCGUGAGGAGACGCGACCUGUACCCGGUCUUCAACGAGACUAUCCGGUACUACGUGCCGCAGGCCGAGCUGCAGGACCGCGUCCUGAGCCUGUCCGUGUGGCACCGUGAGAGCCUGGGCCGCAACGUCUUUCUGGGCGAAGUCGAGGUGCCCCUGGACACCUGGGACUGGGACUCGCCGGAGGCCUGUCUCCCCCUGCAGCCCCGGGUGCCGCCUGCUCCCGACGACCUUCCCAGCCGCGGGCUGCUGUCUCUGUCCCUCAAGUACGUCCCUGCCGGCUCUGAGGGCGCAGGUCAGCCGGAGAGCGGGGAGCUGCACUUCUGGGUGAAGGAAGCUCAGGACCUCGUGCCGCUGCACUCGGGAACCAUGGAUGCCUUCAUACAGUGCUCGGUGCUCCCUGAUGACAGCCGGGCCAGCCGCCAACGGACAAGAGUGGUGCGACGCAGCCUCAACCCCAUGUUCAACCACACCAUGGUUUACGAUGGCUUAGGGCCCACUGAUCUGCGCCAGGCCUGUGCCGAGCUCUCCCUCUGGGACCAGGGGCCCCUGGCCAGCCGCCAGCUGGGGGGCACACGCCUCAGCCUGGGCACUGGCAGCAGCUAUGGGCUCCAGGUGCCCUGGAUGGAUUCCACGCCUGAAGAGAAGCAGCUGUGGCAGACACUCCUGGAGCGACCAUGUGAGUGGGUGGAUGGCCUUCUGCCUCUCAGAACCAACCUGGUCCCCAGGACAUAGCUGCCCUACAAGCCCUUCUGAACGCCUCUCUCCAGACCCCCAUCUCAGGGCCUGCCCUUGGCUAAAGUCAAUAAAAUCUAUUUUA